GGCAGGCGUCUGCACCCUGUACUUGGUUACACAAGAAAUUCUUAGGAUUGUUUUUGCAUAGAAAGGAGUGGCAUCGUGCUGGUGAUAUAAAGGAAUGAGUUUAUGACAAACAGCAUUAUACAGAAACACAACACUGACUAAUGGAAGGUUUGAAACUUAUGAAUGCUAGCCUGGAGGAAGCUCAGAACCAUGUGUGGCACAAGACAGAAGGGCUGAACUCCACUUCUCUAGUAGUGAGGAGGGGAGAGCCCUUUAAAAUCACACUGAGCUUCAGUGGACCUUAUAUGUUAAGCAAAGAUCACCUUAUGCUCAGAACAGAACUAGAUUGCCUUUAUUGUGACAUUCCCAUCACUUCCUCCAAAGCCACAUCUCAGUCCCAGUGGUCUGCCUACUUUCAGCAGGGCAUGCUGGACCCCAGCGCCCCUCACAAGGCUUCUGUGUAUGUGUACAGUCCUCCCACUGCUAUCGUGGGAGUGUAUCAGCUCCAUCUGUUGCUCAUGUCCCGCAAUGGCUCUCACAGCUGUAGGGUUGGACAGUUCACCCUGCUCUGUAAUCCUUGGUGCACAGAUGAUGCUGUCUACUUACCUAAAGAAAACCAGAGGGAAGAGUAUGUGAGGAAUGACUUUGGCCUGCUGUACCAGGGCACGGCCAAAAACAUCAUCUUUAGGCCAUGGGGCUUUGAUCAGUAUGAGAGUGGUAUCCUGGAGAUCUGUAUGAUGCUGCUGCAGGUGAGCAAUGAACACAAGAAAAACCAGAAGAGUGAUUACGCUAAUCGCGCUGACCCUGUUUACAUCAGCAGAGUCAUCUCAGCUAUGGUGAGCAAUUUUUCACCGUCCUCUCCUUCCUCUUUCCUGUGUCUGUCUCCGUUCUUUUUCUGCGUACUGACAGUGGGGUUUUUUGAGCAGAUAAAUAGUAAUGAUGACUGCGGUGUGCUGCAAGGGAACUGGUCAGAGACUUACAGCAAUGGUGUCAACCCGUCAGAGUGGACAGGCAGUGGAAGCAUUCUGAAACAGUGGGCCAAAUCUGGCUUCAGGCCUGUUAAAUAUGGACAGUGCUGGGUUUUUGCUGCUGUCAUGUGCACAGUAAUGAGAGUACUGGGAAUCCCGACUCGUGUGGUCACCAACUAUAACUCAGCUCAUGACACUAAUGGAAACCUGGUGAUCGAGGAGUAUUACACUGAGAAAGGGGAAAAGCUGCCACGUAUUCGUGACAGCAUCUGGAACUUUCACGUGUGGGUGGAGUGCUGGAUGAAGAGAAGAGAUCUGAAAGCAGGAUUUGAUGGCUGGCAGGUGGUCGACCCCACUCCACAGGAGAAAAGCGGAGAAGUAUACAGGUGUGGUCCUGCCCCAGUAAAAGCCAUUCGGGAGCGUCAGCUCGACAUGGCCUAUGAUGCACCGUUCAUCUACGCUGAAGUUAAUGCUGAUGUGUAUGUGUACAUUGUGCGCCAAACACAAGUACUGGGCUACACCAUUGAGACGGACAGAGUGGGUUCUCUCAUAUGCACCAAGAGCAUGGGAUCCAACCGACCACAGGAUAUUACUUCUAGCUACAAACACACCAAAGCUCUACAGCCAUCUGUCAGAUCAACAAGUCCAAUGCCAGGACCUCCUCUAGCCAACAACCAUGGAUCAGCACAAGGUCUUUCUGUAGAGCUGAACCUCAUUCAAGUGCCUGUGGUAGGAGAAAAUAUCUCCUUCUCAGUCACUGUGACUAAUCGUGGCAAUAUUAUGAAGACAGUGAGAGAAUACGUCAAUGCUCAGGCAAAGUGUUAUGACCACAGUCCAUCUGAUACCUUCUGGGAGGCCAAUAACAUCAUCCAGCUUGCUCCUCAUGGAAGUAAAGUGCUACAGCACCAGAUCUCAUACAGUCAGUAUUCAGCACUGGGGAAUGAGCAGCUAGUCAAUUUGGCAGCAGUCAUAAUGGAUGCGGCCACUCAGGAGAGAGUCCUGGCUUCUGAAGAGUUUAACUUUGCCAGCCCAGUCAUCCACAUACAGGUUGCUGAUGAGGACGCUAUCAUUGCCCGCAGACACCAGGUUGCUAUGGUGACAUUCACCAACCCAUUCUCUGUGGCAGUGAGAGGCAUGUUGACAGUAGCCGGUUCAGGCCUGUUGGAGGACAAAGUGCUCAUCAAUGUUGCACUUCUGCAGCCCAGAGAGACCAUGAACAAUGUAGUACGUUUUACACCAAAGAUGGUAGGUGUGAAGAUGCUGCACGCAAGUCUGAGACUGGAUAUCAGCCACACAGUUAUCCGUGGCUUCAGAACCAUUACGGUCCAACCAGCAUGAAAAGGGAGAACCAAGUACCUGAACCACUGAUUGUAAGAUGUUUAUCUGUUUGAAGAGACUAAUAUGAAACUAGGAAUCUAUAAAUUAUGAAUGUAUUAUUUAUUUACUGCAUUGUUUUUCUAACUACGGUAUACUCACUGUACUGAUAAUGAAGUGUUUGUAUGCCCAACAUUCAUUCUAUGUAAUGUAUGUGUUUAUAUGCCCAACAUUUUUAAAUAUCAUUUAAAUAAUGUAUCACCCAAGUAUUUUGUAGAGACUUGGCCCUGUUACUUAUAUUUGUUUUUCUUGUCGUUGGUUGAUGUUUAAGGCUAAUAAAUUAGCUUUUUUUUUUUUUUUUUUUGUAAUUUUCUGUGCCUCCAUAAUAUCAUUCAGACUAACAUAACUAACACAAGAAUGACAUGAUUUUUAAUCACCAUAACUUAAAAACAAACAAACAAACAACAAAAAAACGUCGGGGUCACGCAUGUAACCCUGUUCCCUGAGAAGGGAACGAAACGUUGCAUAUAGCAUAACAGUAUGGGAACGCCUUGUGUGUGUGACCGGUAUCUGGAACUUGUGUAAAAUCAUGCCUCUACUUAUAGGUCUGCCAUGAUCAGGUGACGUGGCAAUUAAGCGCGUCGCAUGAUAUAUAUAUAUGGUACCUGUGAACCACGCCGCCAGCCUCUAUUAUCUGAAGCGAAGACGCAAUUCACAGGCCUGCCCUGGUAUGACAGUGCUAUGCAACGUCUCGUUCCCUUCUCAGGGAACAGGGUUACAUGCGUAACCCCGACGUUCCCUUUCAAAGGGAACUUCGAUGUUGCAUUUAGCAUGACAGUAUGGGAACGGGAAUACCCACUCCGUCAUACCGAGGGUACGGCCUGUUCAAAAAUACCCAAGCCCGAGGGUCACUGCAAGACACUCGGGCCCGGGGUGGAAUGGAUAUCCAGGCUGUAAUAACAAAUGACUGUAUGUGGCGUAGACCACCCUGCAGCCGCACACACAUCCUGCAAGGAUACCCCUUUGGACAAAGCCUUCGAGGAGGUGACCACCCUAGUGGAAUGAGCUCUUAUGCCCAGAGGCGUGGCGAGACCGCGUGUCAUAAGCCCUAGAGAUUGCUUCCACUAUCCAAGUAGAGAUGCGCUGCUUUGACACAGCAUCACUUUUCCUGUCACUGCCAAAGCAGACCAGCAGUUGCUUCGACUUACACCACUGCCCGGAGCGGUGGACGUAAGUACAGAGAGCACUUACUGGACACAGCAGGUGCAUCCUCUCUUGUUCCGGUGUGAGGAACAGAGGAGGGCAGAAAGCCUGCAACACCACAGGGUGGGCAGCCAAUGUAGGCACUUUAGGAAUAUAAUCCGGCCUAGGAUACAGGAAGGCCUUGGCUAAUCCAGGGGUAAAUUCAAGGCAGGAAAGGGCAACAGAGAGAGCUUGUAGACCUCCCACUCACUUGAGAGAUGUCAGGGCCAGUAAAAGAGUUAACUUUAGAGUCAGAAGCUUCUCAGAGGCUGACUCUAAGGGCUCAAAUGGGGCCCCUGACAGACCUUCCAAGACCACAGCAAGGUCCCAGGAAGGUAUGCAUGGCCUGCAGAUGGGCCUCAGCCGUCUGACACCACGCAUGAACCUCGAAGUUAGAGGAUGUUGCCCCACAGAGGCUCCAUCAACAGGGGCAUGGCUGGCCGAAACAGCGGCCAAGUAACCCUGAUUGUAGAAGGAGCUCAGCCCACUGAGAAACGUUCUUGUAAGAACUCCAGGACUGUAGCUAUUGCGCAGUUUACUGGGUCUAGCUGACAUUCCUCACACCACAAGACGAAGCUGCCACUUGAGUGCAUACAAUUUCCUUGUGGAUGGGAUCCACUCUAGGGGCUUGAAUGGGGCACCCAACAGACCUUCCAGGACCACAGAAGGUCCCAGGAAGGUAUGCACGGCCUGCAGAUGGGCCUCAGCCGUCUGACACCACGCAUGAACCUCGAAGUUAGGUAAUGUUGCCCUAUAGAGGCUCCAUCAACAGGAGCAUGGCUGGCCGAAACGGCGGCCAAGUAACCCUGAUUGUAGAAGGAGCCCAGCCCGCUGAGAAACGUUCUUGUAAGAACUCCAGGACUGUAGCUAUUGCGCAGUUCACUGGGUCUAGCUGACGUUCCUCACACCACAAGACAAAAAGCUGCCACUUGAGUGCAUACGAUUUCCUUGUGGAUGGUGCUCUAGCAUUUAACAUGGUUUCUACAAUCUCAGUCGUGAGACCAGAAUCUAUGAGCUGGUGCCCCCCAGGGGCCAGACCCACAGUUUCCGUAGUUCUGGCCGAGGAUGAUAAAUCAGCCCUCUGGCUUGAGACAGUAGUUCCACUCUAGGGGCUCGAGUGGGGCACCCGACAGACCUUCCAGGACCACAGAAGGUCCCAAGAAGGUAUGCGCGGCCUGCAGAUGGGCCUCAGCCGUCUGACACAACGCAUGAACCUUGAAGUUAGAGGAUGUUGCCCCACAGAGGCUCCCUCAACAGGGGCGUGGCUGGCCAAAAUGGCGGCCACGUAACCCUGAUUGUAGAAGGAGCCCACCCUGCUGAGAAAUGUUCUUGUAGGAGCUCCAGGACUGUAGCUAUUGCACAGUUUACUGGGUCUACAGUGGAUCCCUGCAGACGGGAAUCUCCCAAGGAGUGCCAUCUCGCAGGGAUAUUAUUCCUCAGAACCAUGUUCGAGCUGGCCAAAAAGGUGCUACUAGCAGACUGUCUUGGCGAACUCUCGCUAGAGCUUGUGGGAGCAGAGCGAUGGGGGGAGCAGCACACAGAUGUGACCUCGGCCACAUGUGUGGACUCCACCCCAAAGUCUCCCAAGAUCCAGCUUUAUCUUGCUCAGUGUUGAUAGGAUUGACACUACGCAUGUUGGGGAUAGAAACACCCUCAUCGUAGUAGAAUCCUAUAACCCCUAGAAAAGUUGUCCACUGCACCGGGGAAAGCAUACUUUUCUGAGAUUCAACCUGAGCCCCAAGCUCUUCAUGUGGGCGAGAACAACAUCUCGAUGUUGAACCGCCAGCUCCCUGGAUCGUGCUAGAAUUAACCAGUUGUCCAGGUAGUUUGGUACACAGAUGCCCUGGAGUCCCAAUGGAGCCAGAGUGACAUCCAUACACUUUGUGAAGGUGCGAGGGGAUAAAGCUAGUGAUAUUCCUAUGUGGAAAUAUGCACUUUUUAGAUCUAUCGCCACAAACCAGUUCUCGAACUGAAUCUGUGGCACGAUAAGUUUGAGCAUCAGCCUCUGAACCUGUAUGUCCGAAGAGUACGGUUCAGAUGACGCAGAUCUAAAAUUGGCCACAUACUCCCACUUUUUUGCGGAACAGGAAAUAAUGGCUGUAAACCUCCCUCCCUUCGGGAACGGGAUACAUGUUCUAUGGCCCCAUUGUCCAAAAGGGAGCUUACUUCCUGCGCUAACGUCGGGCUCUGGUCUGUGCUGACUGCUGUGGUGAGCACACCUGUGAACGGGGGGGGUCGAGCUAUAACUGGACCCGGUAACCCUUUCUACAGUAGACAGAACCCAUGGAGACACAUUUGGCAGUAGUUGCACGCUGCCCAAUGGUCUUUUAGUGAUGUUAACUAUUCCACAUUCUAUUGGAGGGAAGCAUCAGAUUUUCGUUGCUCUGUGACAGAGAACACUGAAAACCUGGGGACCGCCUUGGCUAGGGGAGGCCUUACAGUAGCACUGGGGGCUACCUGCCCUAACAACCUCAUGGCCCCAGAUACAUCCCUCCAUGGCCCCUCAGGACCACUCUUCUUUGCCUGCUUGGCCUUUAUGACUGUUCUCAGAUCAGGCCUAGUAGCAGACCGCGACUGUGGCUGCCCAGUUACCCUGGCUGUCUCCGGGGGUUGGCGGGCUGCCAUACUCGCCUUCUGGGUCUCCCUCACACUAGUGCUGGCCCAGGCUCCACUCGUGGAUGCCCGGGUGAGCUUGAGACAACAGGGAAGGAACUGGCUUUUUUUUUUUUUAAUGCCGCCAUAUGUCGAGCUCACUCAGCAGGUCUGCUUGGUAGGCCUGCAACCCUGUCAUUGUCUGCAGUGACCCCCAAGCAAGACUACUACUGCAUAGGCUUGCCCACCAAUGCCAUGGUGGCCUUACAUGGCUUGGAUGCAAUCCGGCCCCCGUAAUUAUCUGCCGUCGGUGGAGAGAGGUAGCUCCCAAGCGCCUCCUCCACCUUGAGCAUAGCUAAAUAGCCAUGCCGUUCAUUCUCACAAUGGCCGAAUAAUCCAACAUCGUGGGGUUAUGAAUAUGGCUUAUGCGUGGUUUUCCCCCAGAAGCCUGAGAUUUUGUCAUAAACUUUUGGAAGACAGGGGAGUUUCUGCAGUGUGAGGGAUUUUACUUUCACUGGGUAACCAAAAUCCAGCGGAGAGCCGAACCCGGAAGACAGAGAAAGAGAUAGAGCAGCGCUCGUCUCCGGGUCCUCUUCCGGAUCCAUAAGAGAUCCCCCGAACCUGAGACGGCUGGCUGCCUCGGCAGCGGCCGGCCCAGAUCCGCGAGGCUCUGAAACCCGACUCACUUUGGCUUCCGUUUUUUUUUCAAGAAGAGCGCGAGUCGCGAGCUGAGCUGCUUAAUGUAGGCGUUACCAUGCACAGCCUCUCGAGGCUGCCAUAGCAUACUACACCGCUAACGCUUCACCCAGAAAGUGUGCACUUUUCCCCGUGAUGAAACGGGAGCAAGCCGUAACACACUUCUUGAAUUCUUUCUCGCUCAUUACUUACCUUUCUUUUCCUCUAAAAAAGAGAUAGAAAAGUUCAGAGAUUUUGAGAAAAUAUCAAGUAGAAAUGAAGCAUUUUUGUCACACAAACAACAGACAUGCAGUCUCGCUGAAGAUAAUAAGGCUGGCGGCGUGGUUCACAGGUGCCAUAUAUAUAUCAUGUGACGCGCUUAAUUGCCACGUCACCUGAUCAUGGCAGGCCUAUAAGUAGAGGCAUGAUUUUACACAAGCUUCAGAUACCGGUCACGCGCACAAGGCGUUCCCAUACUGUUAUGCUAAAUGCAACUUUCAAAUGUUCCCUUUCAAAGGGAACAAACU